CGAGUUGCAGCGCGUCGACGAAUCCGAUGAGCGAGGCGCGGGCGAAAGCGCAGGCAUCUGCACAUCACGACCAUGAGUACCGAAGGACAAUGCAAAAGCGUAGAGACGCGUUACGUUGUUGCGCAUGCAGGCCGUGUACCAGAUUGCCCGUGCGGUCGUCAAGCCGCUCGUGGACGUAUCAUCGGACAGCAGCAACUACAGCGGUCGUCGAUCAUCCGCAAAAUCGCCUGCAGCCGCGAGAUCGGCAUCGUGCAGGGGGAACUCCUUGUGUUCGUGCUGAAACCUGUAUCUCGAUAGCAUCUCCGAGGAACAGCAGACCGAAAACCGGGCCUGAAAGCAGAAACUCGGAAGGAAUUGGAGCAAAAUCUGCAGUGCACUAUGUGUACUACAUGUGCAGUGCCCGGUUACGAUGAGUUAUCUAUAAACCAUGGAUUGAUCGGCCAGGACACCUUGCAAUCACACCGUGCGGUCCACACGAGGCAUCGACCCUCUCGCACACGCCGGGUGAUGCCCGGGCGAUCGAGAGGAGUUGACAUAAAGGCCUAAGGAUGAAAUAUCCCAGUUGAUAAAGAUCGACGGGUUUGAGAUCGUAGAGUCUAGUCGGCGUCCCGCACUGUUGCAUGUCCUUCCGCUUACGACCGAGCGCAGAAAGCUACGGUUUCACUCGAGAUCAAUCCCUGAGCAAGCGAUGCUUCGAUUGAGGCGGGUUGAGCUGUCGCGCUUGAGUUUUGGUAGAGCCUGCCUAACUCGGGCUUGUCAGUACAUAGCGGUGCCGUCGACGCGGUAGCGGUUGAGUGAUUGAAUUGAGAUCAUUCUUGCAGACAAAGAGCGUUUUCCCGAGAUAUAUAGUCCAUAUAUGCGCUAUGCGCGAGCGAUUGAAAGAUUGACAGUCAAACUGCACGGACGUGAUCCACGAGCUCCCGCUCUUCAUUCCUUGGUCGACGAUCCCAACUCCCGAGAUGUUUCCACGAUCACGUACAUCUUGCUGAACGUGUGUAGUGGAGCGGUAUCAUCUGUAUGGAUCUCCUCGUAACGCUUGGAGUGAAAGGGGCCUCAAGGCGUCCGCGAGCCCUUCCACCAUCUGAUGUUCCGGCGCCUGAGACGAAAGACCAACGUCAUUCCAGCCCUAACGGAUAGAUAAGGUGGGAGUUAUUCAGCCGUGAGACGGCAACUCUGAAGGAGAACGACG